GUGACCGGUAAACAGCUAUGCAACUCACAUCCUCAUAUUAGCGUGGUGGCAGUCUUUCAGCGUUCUGCAUUAUACUCUAUCAUGAUGGCUAGCAGAAUUCCUGAAUCGACACGAGCGCUGGUCAUUAAGAAGUGCUCCGCGGAAGCAACGCCUGUCUAUCAUCAUGCUGUCCUGGAGACACGUCCACUGCAGCAACUAAAACAAGGGGAAGUCCUCGUGAAAAUGGGAGCUGUGUCAUUCAACCAUCGAGACCUUUGGAUACGCCUUGGUCAAUACCCCGGAAUCAACUUUGGAAGUGCCUUCGGUGCUGAUGGAGCAGGCACGGUAAUUGCAUCGGCGGAUUCAAAUGACGCACUGCUGAACAAACGCGUCUUCCUGACACCCAUGCGAGGUUGGGAAAGCAAACCAGAUGCGCCGGAAACGGAAGGCAGUUUCGGAAUCCUUGGAGGUGGCCGCAACCCUCCGUUAGGAACAUUUUCUGAGUACGUUGUGGUGGAAAGAAAUCAGGUUAUUCGUUCUCCAGACCAUCUUGAUGAUAUUCAAGUCUCCGCUUGGCCCCUUGGUGGUCUAACUGCUUGGAGAGCUGCGAUUGUCAAUGCUGAAGCAUCCAAAGACCAAAAUAUUCUUAUUACCGGAAUAGGUGGAGGAGUAGCGCUUCUUGCCAUGCAACUAUGUCUAGCCAGAGGCGCUAAUGUCUAUGUUACGAGUGGUAGCGAGGAAAAAAUUAGGAAAGCAACUGCUCUUGGAGCCAAGGGCGGAGUGAACUACAAAUUAAAGGAUUGGCCAUCGCACCUUGUUGCCCUUCUGGCAAAGAACGGCGGGAAAUCUGCGAAGAUUGAUGCAGUUCUUGACUCUGGCGGUGGAGACAUUAUCACACGAGUGAACAGUAUCUUAAAGCAGGGCGGCAAAGUUGUGGUCUAUGGGAUGACCGCAAAUCCCCAAAUCAAGUUCAGCAUGCGAGAGGUGCUCAAGAAUCAGCGGCUUAUCGGUUCGACAAUGGGCUCCCUCAAGGAUCUCACAGACGCAACGACGUUUAUGUCAGAGCAUCGCAUUGUCCCAGUGGUGUCCCAUGUCCUCGAAGGACUCGAAGCUGCAGAAGAAGGCUUCGAGCUCAUGAAGCGCGGGGAUCAGUUUGGCAAAAUUGUCAUUCGGAUUAACGACAAGGCCAAAGCCAAGUUAUGAUGAUGUUUAUUCAAUUAUUGGAUCUGUCGACCGCAAGUUCGCAUUGCCCUAUUCUGACAACUCUGUCUCGAUAUCGUUUCUGCAACUGUAUUAUAUAGCCUUAAGAUGUGCGGAAUCCAACAUUAAAGUUGGAUAGUCUACUUUUGUACUUCUAUCUGAGCUACCAUUUUUGUUCUUAUGUACGUAUCUCUUAUACGCGCGCCUCAGUUCUGCGUCGCAUAAUAUUUGCCAACCUAAUGUGGUUGUGGCUCAAUUAAUUGUGGAUCGACGAUCGGAUGUUAA